AUGAAGCCGGCGUGGGUCGACCACGACUCCCAGCCCAUCUUUUCGAUCCACGUGCACCCCGACGGCUCGCGCUUCGCGACGGCGGGGCAGGAUCACCUCAUCAAGCUCUGGGCGAUGCGGCCUCCGCGGCUGCUCGCGACGCUGGACGGGCACCACGGCGCGGUCAACUGCGUGCGGUGGUCCGCCGACGGCCUGCUCCUCGCCUCGGGCUCCGACGACCACCUCGUCAUGCUCUGGCGGCAGGCGGCCGCUGGCGAGGCGGGCGCGAGCGCUCCCUUUGGCUCGCGAGCGCCGCCGUCGGCCGAGCGGUGGCGCUGCGUGCUGACGCUCACGGGGCACGCGGGCGACGUGGUCGACCUCGCGUGGGCGCCGGCCGGCCACCGUCUCGCCUCCGUCUCGCUCGACAACACGGUGCGCGUGUGGGAGGCGGCGGGCGCGGCGGCGGGCGGAGGCGCGCAGCUCGGCGGGGCGCAGCAGCAGGUUGCGGUGCUGCAGGGGCACCACGGGAUGGCCAAGGGGGUGGGGUGGGACCCGGUCGGCCGCUACAUCGCCUCGCAGGGCGACGACCGCGCCGUGCUCGUGUGGGAGAGCCGCGAGUGGAGCCUGGCAGGCGCUCGCUGCUGGUAG